GUUGUGCUUAUAAUUCAAAGUGGUUUCCGUUUGUUGUCUAUUGCCUUAGCUCAAUAACUCUAGUCGAUAAAUGGACAGAAUAAAAUGAAUCGUUACACACUUAUAAAGCAAUUAGGAGACGGGACUUACGGUUCGGUACUCCUUGCUACUGUCCAAGAAACAAAAGAAAAAGUUGCUAUUAAAAGGAUGAAAAGAAAGUUUUAUUCUUGGAAUGAAUGUCUGAAUUUACGUGAGGUCAAAUCGUUGAGUAAACUUUCUCACCCAAAUAUUGUGAAGCUUAGGGAAAUAGUGCGGGAAAAUAAUCAUCUUUAUUUAAUAUUCGAGGCACUCGAAAAUAAUUUAUAUGAACUAAUAAAAGCAAGGACUAAACUUUUUCAAGAAGAAACUAUCCGGAAUAUAAUUUGGCAAGUUCUAGACGGCCUGGAUUUUAUGCAUAAGCAGGGGUUUUUCCAUCGGGACAUGAAACCUGAAAAUUUGUUGUGCAAUGGCCCAGAGACAGUGAAACUAGCAGAUUUCGGACUUGCACGUGAGAUCCGUUCGCAACCUCCUUACACCGAUUAUGUGUCUACCAGGUGGUAUCGGGCCCCUGAAGUGCUCCUUAGAUCAACUAGCUAUAAUUCGCCUGUCGAUCUAUUUGCUGUUGGUUGCAUAAUGGCGGAACUCUACACAUUUCGUCCUUUGUUUCCAGGAAGCUCAGAAAUUGACAUGGUUUUCAAGAUUUGUUCUGUUUUGGGUACACCUUCUAAGGGUGGCUGGCCUGAAGGAUAUCAACUAGCGGCCGCUAUGAAUUUUAAAUUUCCACAAUGUUCUCCAGUCCCUUUGCAUACUUUGAUUCCGAAUGCUAAUCAUGAAGGUAUUCAGCUCAUUCUGGAUUUGAUUUCUUGGAAUCCCAAGUAUCGACCAACGGCACGUGAAGCAUUAAAGCGACCUUAUUUCAAAACUAUCCAAGCUUUCAAAGGAAUCAUAUCUUCUGCGAAUAAUGGCGACAAAGUACAGAAUGUAUCUCAAGAUUUAGAGAAAAAAUCUACAGAUUUAAACAGAAAACAAAAAUCAUUGUCAAAAAAUUCGAAUUUAGGAAUUACCACUUCACAAAAAUUAAAAGAGUCUCAAUCUACUCAUCAAAUGGUUAUUAUAAACUCAUCAAAUGAUAAUCAAAUGGAAACUGGCUCACUCAAUCAUGAUGAUUGCAAUUUACAAAGAGAAGUUGAAAAUAACUCAUCUAAAAACAAUAAAGAUCUCUCAGAACAUCCGUUUACAGACUUACAAGAACGUAAAGGAGCUGUUUUACAGUUAGAAGAUCCACUACCAAGUCUUUUUGCAACAUUGAGCGAAACUGCUGAAAAUGACAGACUACACGAUCAUUAUACUGAUAAUAAGGUUCAUCGAUUUGAAAACUUAAUUUCGAACCAUACAAUUAGUAAAACGGAUCUGAAUACAGAUUGUACAGUUGACAAAAAUCAGCUUCUCACCGAUUCACUUAAAUAUCCUAAAUCUGGUGCCUUAAUAUCAAAACGCAAAAAUUCAGGACAUCGACGAUGUCCAGUCUUAGAAACUGACAGUUUAUUCGAUAAUUUCGAUUCUGACCAAUCAGAUUUAAAACCACCUUCAAAGAAAAUGACUGCAACAAAAGAGAAUCAAGACGAAAACUCCACUUACCGGAUGUAUAGUCAGAAAAAUACGACUGCGCUAAACAAAAUCCCUUUAUCAACAUCUAAAUUCACUAAGCAAUUUCCAUCGAUCUUGAAUGGUUGUAAUUUAACAAAAGAAGUAAAACAACGAUAUGGUUCUCGAUUAACUGAUCAUCCUGAUAGUAAUAUUCGCAGUACCCAGAAACGAGAUUCUUUGGAUAUCGGCGAACUAAUACAUUCUACAACCACAACAAGACCGCUUGUUCCACCGUCUAAUCAGUUUAUCCCCUCAAAUGGGAACCCUAGUAGUAUAACAUCGGCUGCAUCAUUUUAUAAGUCAAAGGCACGUUACUUUCCUGGACAUGUUAAUAGUAAAUCAAAAAGGCCACAAUGUACUCUACUAACGUUAGAUAAGUUAGUGCAGCAUCCAACAGACAGUCAUAAGGAAAAUCACCCAUCAGUGCAGACUUAUGUAGACUAUCCAGCUCAUGCAUAUAUAAAUAAUACACGCGAUACACCCAAAUCUGUUGGUAAUUUAUCUAACUCAACCAAUGUUAGUAAUGCUCUAACCAUGAUGCAAAAUAAAAUUCAUCAUUUAAGCGAUACUGUAUUAUUUCCGUGGUCCAUAACUAACAACAGUACACAAAUAGAUCCUAAAUCACUGUCUAAAAGUGCUUGUAAGACGUUACGUGAUACAAAGAAAGGUAAUUUGGCAAAAAACCCUGAUUCGGUUAUAGAUAACAGUCAAGGUCAAAAUGUUUGUCAUUUUCGCAGUCAGAUAGAAGUAUCUGGGGUCGGAUUUUUAUCUGGAAAUGGAAUCGGUUAUUUCCGUCCUUCAGCGAGAGCACCUGGUCUUUUUCAUUCAAAUCCGAGUUCCAGAACAGACUGGGCAGCCAAAAAUGUGGUUUACGAACUUGUUGGAUUAGUAGUGAGAUUAUUAAAAAUGAUUGCUUUUAUGAUGCUACUCUUCAAUUGUGUGUUUCAUUAUUUUAUUAUUUGAUGUCUGACUGCUUUCUUGUAUAUGACUGUGUCUGCAAAUAUUCAAAUUUUUAUGAUGCUAUCACCAUGACGUGUGGUUUAUAAUUGGUUCAAAUCUCAGUUAAUUUAUGGUAGUGUCUUAAUAAUUAUUCAUUGUGUAUGUGUAUUCUAUACGAAAGUAAUUACGUAUUAUUAUGCAGCUAUGUGAUAAUCCGAAUCCAAUCUGUUUAAUAUUUGUUUAUACGUUCCUAUCUCUGUAUGUACACUUCUCACUUCACACAUAUUUUAUCUCGCACUUUUCAGUAGCUGAACUGUGAUUCUUACCUCAUCUUUUUUUAUUCAAACGUAGCUCUGUUUGUGUAAAAUAUAAUCGAAAUAAAAUAUUACCGCAUU